AAUGUAACCUUAACCAAUAUAAAUAUAAUCAUAAUCAACCUUUAUAAUAUUUCCUUCUCGUUACUCGUUGAUUAUGAACAAUGAGCAUUCCUGGUAAGCUUGGUCAAUUAAAGCUGUGAUAUUUAAAUUUUCAGAAACAAUAUUGAAACCCCUUUAUUAGAUUUCUCUGACGAACUAGCACAUCAAGCCUCCUGCUAUGGGUUGCCGUAUGGAAUCUUUGGGAUAAUAUGCUGGGUUCUGUCUUAUUUGUGCAUUUCUUUAGCAUAUUUCAAUUAUCCAUUGUUCUCACCAUGGAUGUGGAAUAAACAAUAUAAAUCACAAAAUAUGUGUUUUGGAAUAUUGUUAUCCAUUAUGACGAUAGUACCAGCUAUCUAUACGUGUGUCCGUUGUCGAGGAGAAUGGAUGGUGACACUUAUUGCGCUUGGACAAUUAACUCCAUAGAGCUUCAAAAUGUUGAAUGAUGGUAUUAUAAGUGUAGUAGAAUAUAAAAAUACAUAUGAAAGUAAUGGUUACAGCACCAGGAUUAGGACGGAGUCUGAAACUUGUAACUGUUGUUGUAUUCAAACGAAUUCAAGAGAUCCCGCUUAUAGAGAUUGUGGUAUUUACAUAACGCUUCCGCUGUCUUUGCUUGGUUGGAUAGGUAUUACAGCAUUAAGUAUUAAAUUGAUGAAGACAGAAAAAGCUGUUACUCAAUGGAUAUGGGGAAUAUAUUUAGUGGCAUUAUUAGCACUUGUAAUUACGUGCGUGAUAUGCUUAAAUAUAAGAAAAAAACAUGGAGCUUUUAUAUUGGAAGGAAAAGAAAGAAAUAAGUUUACUCUUCUCUGGUCAAUGAUGAUGUACCUUUUGGUAACUUUCCAUAUCAUAGGGUCGCAUAUAAUCCUUGCUAUGGCUUCCGGUAACUGGAGUGGGAUUGCUCCUACAGGAGCUGGACUAGCAUCAGCCAUUGUUUUCUUUAUCGCAAAACGUUUGUUAUUUCUAAAUAUAUAGAAAUAUUAUAAAGAGAAAUAAUAAAAUUAAAU